AUGAGAGAGGAGAAGAAGCAGCAGCACUUCGUGCUAGUACAUGGUGCGUGCCACGGCGCAUGGUGCUGGUACAAGCUUAAGCCACUGCUCGAGGAAGCAGGCCACCGCGUGUCCGUCUUUGACCUAGCUGCUUCCGGUAUAGACACAACCAGGUCGAUCACUGAGAUCUCCACAUGCGAACAGUACUCUGAGCCAUUGAUGAGGCUCCUAAACUCAUUGCCAAGCGAUGAGAAGGUUGUGCUCGUUGGUCAUAGCUUUGGAGGUUUGAGUUUAGCCAUGGCCAUGGAUAAGUUUCCUGACAAAAUCUCUGUCUCUGUCUUUGUGACUGCUUUCAUGCCUGAUACCAAACACUCACCAUCGUUCGUCAUGGAUAAGUUUGGACGAGACAUGCCACCAGAAGCAUGGUUAGGCAGCAAGCUCGAACCGUACGGCUCAGACAACUCCGGUGUGUCUAUGUCCUUCAGCAAUGAGUUCAUGAAGCAUGCUCUCUACCAACUCUCUCCUAUUGAGGAUCUUGAACUUGCAUUGCUUCUAAAGAGACCCGGAUCAUUGUUUAUGAACGAGUUAUCAAGGGUAAAGAACUUCUCGGACAAAGGGUAUGGAUCUGUUCCUCGAGCCUUCAUUGUUUGCAAAGAGGACAAAAUAAUCACAAAAGAACAUCAACGAUGGAUGAUUGAGAAUUAUCCGGCGAAUAUAGUGAAAGAGAUGGAGGAGACUGAUCAUAUGCCAAUGUUUUGCAAGCCUCAACUACUAAGUGAUCAUCUCGUCGAAAUCGCAGAAAAAAUCGCUUAA